CAUGAACUACUCUCUCAGGCAGUAGUAGUAUCCUAUCAAUGAUGAAGACCACGAAAUCACCCGCCACCAUGACUGGUAACUCCUUGCAACUAUUUUUAUUUUUGGUGGUAGUUGCCUCGGAAUUCUACAGCCGCGUUGAAGUGGCAAACGCAUUUUCUAUAUCCCAGCCAUACUCGUCGCCGUUCCGGACAGCGAAAUCAUGUGGAGAACAUUUGCGUCGAAACACGGGGCAAAUGUUUUCUAUCCCGCCUCCCCUAUCGCCUAUAUCCAACAACGACGACUAUGAUUACGACGACUUUACAACGGAAGAAGUGACGAACAUGUACAACGUGAUCGAGUCGCUGAGCCAAGAAUCCAACGACGAUGCCCGUAGAGCCCGCCUCAAACAAAUAAUGGAAGUAGCUUUGGCUGGUCCCAACGGCGGGCCGAAGCGGUUUACGGUUCUCUUCGAUCGGGUGCUCACCCAGAUGGGAGAAAAGGUUCAGCAAGACGCCCGACAAGAGUACGCCGAACGGUCGGCGGCAGCGGCACAGAACACGGAAGAACGUAGCAACGAUGCACCACCUGACGACCCACCAUCGAAACCCAAACCCAACGAGGCAGACGGAUCUGUAGAAGCGACACCACGUCGGGAGAAAACACCGCAGGAACUAAGGCUGUGGGCCUUGGUGGACAUGAUGAUUCAAUCGAAGACCAUAAUAAAGAAACACAAAUUCUGAAGUAGAAUAGACGUCAGACGUAACG